AUGGAACGGUACGACUGCUUCCAGCCAACGAUAGAGUAUGAUCCAAUGUGUGAUCAGGAUAAUCCUCAAAAAAUAUCCUUUGAGGAUGUAUCAGCGGCUGCAUUCAGAAUUCAAAGUGGGAUCGUUAAGACGCCGUGCGUGAAAUCUCACAUGUCAAACAUUUAUGGUAUGGACAUAUUCCUCAAAAAUGACUUUCUGCAGUACACUGGAAGCUUUAAAGAACGCGGAGCUCGUAACGCGUUGCUCUUACUUCCGCCGGAAGCCAAAAGCCGUGGUGUGAUAUCCGCUUCCCUUGGAAAUCACUCCCAAGGUUUAAGCUACCAUGCCCACCAGUUGAACAUACCCACCACCGUGGUGAUGCCAAACGUUGCGCCCAUUAUGAAGAUUGAGAAUUGUCGGUCGUACGGCGCGAAAGUAAUCGUACACGGCCAUGACAUGAAGGAAGCAAAAUACCACGCAAUGACGCUGGCAAAAGAGAAAGGGCUUACAUACAUUAAUGGAUACGACCAUCCCCACAUUAUGGCUGGACAGGGGACAGUGGGGUUAGAAAUCCUUGAACAAGUCCCCGAUGUCGACGCCAUCUUGGUUCCCGUUGGGGGCGGAGGCUUACUGGCGGGAGUUGCUACUGCUGUCAAACAUCUUAGACCUCAUGUUCUUAUAUAUGGUGUGGAAACAGAAAAGUGCCCUAGUAUGGAGGAGGCGAUGCGACAAGAAUCCCCAAAAUGUGUGGAGAUCCGAUCAACGCUGGCAGACGGUCUUGCCGUACCGACCGUUGGGUUCAACGCCUUUUUCACUGUCAAAUCACUUAUUGAUAAGAUGAUUACCGUGAACGAAGACUGGCUAGCCAGAGCCAUACUGCGGCUAGUGGAACAAGAGAAGUAUGUUGUUGAAGGUGGUGGUGCGGUCGGAGUAGCAGCCAUCAUGGCUGGUCUUGUACCAGACCUUGCCGGCAAGAAGGUGGUCUGCAUACUAUCAGGUGGUAACAUCGAUACAACAAUAUUAGGUCGUUGUUUGGAACGAGGUUUAGCAGCUGAGCAGCGGUUGGUAAAAUUCAAAGUGACUGUCAGUGAUCGACCGGGUGGAAUCGCAGAGCUUUGCAAGCUUUUAGCUUCUUUGGGAGUGUCAAUAAAGGACAUCAUGCAGGAACGCGCUUGGGUGUAUGGAGAUAUAUUUAGUGUUAGGGUAAAAGUAGUAUGUGAAACUAGAGGACCAGAUCACAUGGGAGAACUGCGAACUGUGAUAAUGAACACAUACAAAGAGUGGUGUUUUGCGCAAGAAUUUGAAGGUCGUGAUCGAUGCGCAAGUACAGAUUCGCUAGAUGACGUUUCCCAUUAG